AUGGAAGUGCAAAAGAGUGGUAAUAAUCACAACAUAUAUAGAGGUCUUUAUCCGAUCCGAGAAGUGAAGCAAUACUACAGACGAGAGUUCGUAAGCGGAAAGCCUUUGUAUAUCUGUUUGUGGUCUGACUGUGACUUCAAGACAUGGAAGUACUCGCAACACAUCGCCAGACAUAUCCAUCUGAAACACAUAGGAAUCAAAGAACUGAAAUGCGAUGAAAUGAAUUGCGAGAAGACUUUCAAACGACCAGAAAGUCUGGUUCAGCACCAGAAGAACCAUUUGUGCGGUUUUGGCAUCGAUUCCAACAAAAUGAAAGAUCCAAACAAUGUCUGUGGCGUCAAGAAUAUCAAGAAAUACUAUUUCAGAGAAUUAGAUAACGAUUACUAUGUCUUCGGAUGCAAAUGGAGUGGAUGUGAGUUCGUGACCAACAACUCGGGAAGCAUUCGCAGACAUGUCCACAACCAGCACUUGUGUCCCCACUGUAUGCCCAACAAUGGUAACAGUUCUGAUGAACAGAAGUACAAGAAUAUUGACCCGAAUAACAGUUCCACAAACAGUUACGGAGCGGAACAGCCUUUGGUUGAGAUCAUAGAACUGGAUCCGCAGUCUAUUAUCCCAAAGUUGGAUGAAAGUGAUGGUGGUUUUGAUGGCAGCAAUAGUGAGUCCUCUAAACCCAUGGACUUUGAGGUGGAUAUGGAGGCGAAUUCAAACGGCAAGUCAUCGACCGGUGGUUUAUAUUCACUGAAGAAUUAUUCAGAUCUCUACCGAAAAGUCAAAGUCGAUGGCGAGCUGCUGACAUUGCGUUUCAAACUGUUACUCAAGUCAGAAAUAUUCGUAUUCUUCUUACUGGUGUUGAUUGAUAUCAAUGGUGUCGAUGACGACACAGACACUGCUGUGACUCCAAAGAAUGGACAUUCGGUAGUGAAUGGAAGUUCUUGUGCUAAGAGUACUAAUAAUGAAAAUGCGAGUGAAAUUGGAUUAAAUGAAAGUUGUAUCGAAAAUCUGAGCCAACAUUACAACAAAACUUUAGUCAACAAUGAAGUGGUCUAUGAGUGCAAAUGCGGACAACUGUCCACUAAAUCCAGUGAGACAUUAGGCCGACAUAUACUACAGGCGCACAAAGGCGUACAAGACUUGGGAUGUCAUGAAUGCAGCGCUCAUUUCGAAACAGAGGCCGCGCUCUAUAGACACCGAAAAUUCGAUCACAACUCCAAUGGAAAUAUUUCUCAUGAUUUCGACUUAAAAUAUGCAAAUAAUUCAAAGGAUUGUCUUUCGAAACAAAACACAAAUUCUGACGAAACUAUUAAUGGAUUAAAUUUUACACAAUUUUAUGACUCAAUUACUAUUGAUUCAAACGAAUGGUUUGUUUGCAAAUACAAAGACUGCGAGCAAACGGAAAGAUAUGAGUCGGAAAUCAUUCAACAUUUAAGCCGACAUUUAAUUGAAGAUCAGAUGGAGUGCAUGGCUAAUGAUUUAAAGCCAAACUUCAAUGACAACGAAUCCAUUCCUCCGACAGUCUUCGAGGGAAAAGAGAUUGAAAUGAAAACAUUCAUUAAAACAGAAAUCGAUUCAAAUCAAUCGGAUUGUAUGCUGAGCGAGCAGGGCUAUGACCUGGAUAUGUUUAUUGGCAGACGGGAUAGGAAUGGCAAAGAGCACCUGUACUGCAAAUGGAGUGAAUGUCAGUUUGAAUGCAAUCAAAAGAGUUUAAUUUCACGACAUAUAUAUGACAAGCAUAUGAACCUUAAGAACCCUUUCGAAACUGUGGACACAUUUAAUGAGACCAAGUUUUGGGAGAAGAUAUUGACUUCUAAUAGAAAUUGGUUUCAGGGAUCAAAUCCUAACGAUAAACAGAAUCUUAAUUUACCGCCACUUUUAGAGCCGGCGCUUCCGUUCGGUAUAGAAGCUACACCUCAGCCAUGGAAUCCAGUAUUUGCUAAUAACAGCCAAUGGUUGGAACAAAUAUCCAUGGCUUCAAUUAGUCCUCAAAAAAGUAAAGGUUUAGAUAUUAAUGGAUUGAAUGAGGGCUUCGAUGAGAGAAAGGUUCAAACGAAUCACUUAAAUAUCAGUAAUAAUGAGGAGAAUAUUCUGUUGAGUUGCAAAGGAUUGGCCUCGAUGUCGAAAGUGCGUCAAUACUACGAAAGUCAGGUAAUGAAUGGCGAGAAGUUUUUUCUCUGCAAAUGGAAGAGAUGUGAGUUUAAGACGAAAAAGAGCCAAAAGAUCGCUCAACACAUAAACCUAUCGCACAUUGGGGUUGAAUUCAAGUGCAAUAAACCGAACUGUAAUAAAGUGUUCAAAAACCCGAAUACAUAUCGCGAACACCAGAAGAACCACAUCUGCGGGUUCGGGAUCUUUGGCUACGGAUCUAAAGGCGUGAUUGGCGUCUGUCGUAAUGAGAACCUCAAUAGAUAUCGGGAACGAGUGAUCAUUGACUCGAAGAAGUUUUAUCGCUGCAAAUGGGAGAACUGUAAUGCAAUCACUCGCUAUCAUAUGGCUAUGAAAAGG